AACCGCAAACCCUCUUCUUCCAAGAUAAGACCAAGCCUUCUCGAGGGAGCGAGAGAGAGAUGGGAGUACUGGUCUUGGACGGCUCCACAGUCCGGGAGUUCGUCGGCGACGAGGCGGCCUUCCAGAAAAGCGUCGACGAGCGGUUCGCCUCCCUGGACCUCAACGGCGACGGCGUGCUCUCCCGGGCGGAGCUCCGCCGGGCUCUGGAGACGUUCCGGCUCCUGGAGACUCACUUCGGGGUGGACGUGGUGACCCCCCCGGCGGAGGUCGCCUCCCUCUACGACUCCAUCUUCGAGCAGUUCGAUUGCGACCACAGCGGCACCGUCGAUCGGGAGGAGUUCCGGCGGGAGAUGCGGCGGAUCAUGCUCGCCAUCGCCGACGGCCUCGGCUCGUCUCCGAUCCAGAUCGCCGUCGAAGACGACGGCCAUAACUUCCUCCAGCAGGCCGCCGACCUCGAGGCCGCCAAGAUCGCCGGCGAAGCGAAGUGACUUUCGUUGCUUGUCACGUAAACUCACCGCGGAGUACUGGAUCGUUUUGGAAAUUGGUAUUAUUGUUGUUAUAUAUAGUCUGUGGGACCGGGAAGGGUACGUGUACGAGUUUUAUGUAUGGAGGUUUUUAUGUAUGGCCGGUGGGAUGCGUCGCUCGCCUCGCUUCUUCGUUCGUGUACUUAUUAAUAAUAGUGUGUGUAUGUGUGUGCACCUAUCUUACAAGUUCAAUUAUGUUCAAAUAAAUAAAUCAAACUUUUAUCUA